AUGGAUACGAGUUUAGCGUCAAUACUUCCCGGUCUGACGAGCUCUCUGGAAUCAGCCAUCCCGGCGCUGCCCACCAGCGACUCGAUUCUUCCUCCGGCAAAUGGCAUCACUCUUCUGGACGCAAAGAAUGAGCUCUUCCUCUCAUAUCUGCAAACGCUGGCUCUUCGCAACUUGGCCGUCAUCCGCAGCGCCAAGGAUGGAAAGAUCAAUGCUGGCGACCUCGACAAUCAACUCGUGAGGGACCUCGUCAAGCACCGCGUAUACCUGGAAAAGGGCGUGCGACCCUUGGAAGACAGACUCAAGUACCAAAUCGACAAGGUCGUCCGCGCCGCCGAAGACGAAGCCCGCGGUGCCGUCCAGAAAGCUGCAGUCGCCAAACAAUCCGCCGCAGCUACCGCCUCAGCAGCAUCCGACUCUGACGAAAACUCCGACGACGACGACGAUGACGCCUCAGAAGCAGACUCGGACGACGGUCUCGCUUUCCGCCCCAACCCCAGCGCCCUCACUCGCCCCUCAGAAGCAACCGAAUCCACAUCCUCCUCAAAGCCAGAGACUUCAGACGGCAUCUACAGACCCCCCCGCAUAAACGCAACAACCAUGCCCGCACCCCCCUCCCCGCGCCGCGAAAAGGGCGACCGCAAACCCAUGCGCAGCAACACAAUCGACGAAUACGUUGCCGACGAGCUCAGCGGCGCCCCCACCGCUCAACCCUCCAUCGGCAGCACCAUCACCGCUGGCGGCCGCCGUGACAAGUCUGCCCGUGAACGCAAGGAAGAGGCAGAGCGUACCGCCUACGAAGAAUCAAAUUUGGUUCGUCUGCCCAAGGAGAGCAAAAAGGAGAGAGCAAAGAAGGGUGGGAAUAAGCGUGGUGGCUUUGGUGGUGAAGAGUGGGAUCUGUUGGGCCAGGGCAUUGGCCGUAUUGAUAGGUUGACGAAGAAGGGAGAGAGGACUGGUGCUGGUGGUGUGGGCGGUGCUUUGGAGAGGAGUAGGAAGAGAAAGGUUGACGAUGACGGUGGUAGAGGUGGUGCUGCCGGUGAUAUCGGCAGAGACUUUGAGCGCAGGAAGAAGAGGGCCAUGCGCAGAAACUAG